AUGGAAACCCGCUGGGCAGCAGCAAAUGGAGGAGACAGAAUGCGGCGGACACGAUGCCAAACUGGGCUGCAGCUUUUGGGUGUGUUCGCCUCGGUGUUAACUGCUGCAUUUGGAAAGUGCGUUGAGGGUGGCAGCGUCGCUUCAGUUUUUGCUGCUUCAGGGAUGCGGCUUUCGGCGUUGGUGCUGCCCCUCCUGCUUUCUGUUGGCUUAUCCAAGCCUCAGGGGGCAUUGGCGAUCGGCUUGCCUGAAGGUCUUUCCAUUGGCCCAUCUCAGGUGCUGCUGCCGUGGGUGCCUCCGUCUCACGCUGCACAGUUCCCUGCAGUGCGAGCGCAGUUGCAAUUAGAGGGCCACAAGGGGAGUGCGGGCGGAGGCGACGUCUGCUUCUACUGGGCUAUCCAGAACCCUCAGGUACUGUCCCUCUUGCACCCCGACUGCUCCUCUGUGCAGCCUGCAGCUCAGUGCCGACUGGAUGGGAGUAGCGGCGGCUCGUGGGCAGCAGCCGGGGCUCCGAGCUCAGGGGGUUCGCAUUCGUGUUUCUCGCGAGUGCUCGUCGAGGCUGUGCCCCAGGGGGUCGGCCGUCGGGCGUCUUCUUGGAUUUUCGCGUCUGCAGAAAAAGAGUUCAGCGCUGAAGGGCCCUCUGGGCCCCCAUCAGAGGCCUUUUCAGCUUUGUCUGCGUCUCGAAGAGGGUUCCGGGCGCAGGUGUUAGUGGCCCCCAUAGUGCGUUUGUCUUUCUCAACGCGAGACAAACGGCUGGCCAUCGGCCAGCUAGGGGACGUGAGCCUGCUGGGCUAUGACGCUGAAGGCAACGUCUUCUCCUCCCUCGAGGGCAUCCCCUUUCUCUGGGAAGUCCAGGGCGAGGACGAGGUCGUUGUAGUUGAGCCAGUAGAGACGGACGCUGUCGCGGGCACCGUCGCUCGCCGCCGUGUCGAGGAAAUGGGUGCCCAGGAGCAGCAGCGCCGAAACGGCCCCCGGUGGCGCUCAGACGCAAUCGUAUUGAGGGGGAAAAGCACUGGCAGGGCAAUCAUCCGGGCCCGGCUGGCCAUGGAACAGUACAGAGACGUGCCACCCGCCGAAGUCGCCUUCUUGGUGCACGAGUUGGUCGCGCUGAGCCCAGCCGCGCUGCUUGUGCCCCCCGCAGCUGUUUUUGCACUCAAACUGCACAAGCUUUGGGAGGAUGGCCGCCAGGAGGCGUUGUCUUUACCAAAUGCACAUUUCGGCUGGAGUGCCGAAGACAUAUCGGUCUUCUCCUCUCUUUCGGGGUCUGCUCUAUCCUCAACGGCCUCUACUGCCUCCUCUACACUGCUGCAGGUGACAGACGGCGGCGUGGUGACAGUGGCUUCUCCGCAGCAAGCGACGGAGGGUCCCGACCUACUCACUGGCAGGGCUCUCGUGGUUUGUCUAGAUAAGCGCAUAGGGGAAAAACAGCAGGCAGAUGUCACUGUGUUGCUACCCACAGCCCUGAGACUGCUCUAUGAAGACACCGAGGUCUUGUCCACACAGAUUCUCUGGAAGAACGCAGCGGCAGCUGCAGCAGCUGCCGCCCAGACCAGCGGUCGCAAAACAGCAGCAGCGGCAGCUGUCGAGAAGGCCGUGCUGCUGCGCCAGCUUCUUCUUGCUGAGGAGGCUGUGGCCAGCGGCAUGGGCAGCUCUGAGGAAGCGGUGCUCUCAGCCCUGCCCCCCCUGCGCUUGUCUUUGGCUGGGAAAGAAGAGAGGGGCCUUGAGGGAACAGACCCCAUGCUGUACUUGGUGCGGGGCCGGGAGUAUCUUUUCAAGGUGGAGCUUCUCUCGAGCCAACAGCUGCCUGGGGUCAACGCACAGGAUGGUCUUGGACCGCGUAGAAUGCUGCUGCCGUCCAAUGCGGUGGUUCACUGGACCUGCGAAGGGGCCUCAAAACCAGCAGAGGAACAGGAAGGGACGGGUCUUAGCCCUCUCCAAAAAGCCGUGCCUUCCCAGCAGGCAUUUGCCUUGCUGAGAGCGGAUUCCCUAGGAUCAGGUUCUGUGCGUGUCUCGCUUCUGCAAGUGGGCUCCCCUCCGGGGCCUGUUUGGAUGUCAGAGGGGCCCCUGUCCAUCUCGCUGCCUGUGCGCGUCGUUCCUCCUGUUUCGUUUCGUUUGCUGAGCACUCACUACACUGUUGACACAGCUGCAGGAGCAGGGGGCUUGGGGGUCCCUUCAGCGCCCAUGCGAAGACUCACAGCUCCUCUGGUCUUCGCGCCUGGCUCGCGCUUCCCCCUAGAGCCGCAGGGAGGAUCUGGAGAGUUCGUUUUGUCUUCUUCGGACCCGUCAAUCUGCGCUGUGGUAUAUGCUGUGCCAUCUCGCGCGGGUCGUCUGUCCUCCUCUGGACUAGUGGUUGCAGGGGCCCCUGUGGAUCCUACGGAAGUCUUCACUGUGGAGGGCAUCGCCCCAGGGGUAGCGACUUUGCUGCUGAGAGACAAAAGACAGCCGCAGAACGCGGUGCUGCUCUCAGUCGUUGUGGCUCCCCCAGUGACCAUAGAGCUGAGAAUGCAGCAUCUGCUGCUGCCAGUUGCCAGAGGAGACAUUAAGACAGCAAUUAAAGCGGCAGAUAGAGCAGAAGAGGCCACGGGGGUUUUGAUAGCACUGGCAGACUUGACAGAUUUCCUGCCGCUCCUCCCCGAGGCCUCUCGCCGAUGGCUGUUGGCUGAGGGCGACUCUGUGGGCUGUGUCCCGAACAGUCAGUGGCCGCAGACUGUGGAGGACGCCCGAGAGCACUUGCUGGCCUCUGAUGCUGCUGCGAGGCCGCGAGAGGGAACAAUAGGAAUAGAGGAAAGGCUUCAAGCUGCCUCCGGUGCAGCAGCAGGGACUGAGACCGAUGUGCUUCAUCCUUUCUGGGUUCACCGCAGUCAGCUUGCGAGCUGCCCCGACGCCCGCUUUGCUGUCGAGGGGUCUGCUGUUGCCAUUACCACUCGUGCUGGUGGUGCUAUCCCGUUCACUUGCGGCAUUGUCUCCUUGAGGGGACUUCGAAAGGGCUCUUCUCGAGUUACAGCCACUGUGCCGCAACAGCAGCACCAGCAGAGGCUGCAAGCUUCGGCUCGAGUUGAUGUUUACCUCCCCGUGGAGUUGUGGGCCUCGAUGAGCUCCGUUGCAUUGCCUCUGCCUCCUCCCGUGCGCCUCAGCAGCAGCAGGACAGCGCCUUUGCUGCAGCGCCUCACCCAGGACCCCAACAGCAGCAGCACCACAGCACUGGGAGGGGCGCUAGCCACGGCGCUGCUGCAGCAGCUUGACCUCCACGCUCCAGCUCCUCCCGCUGGUGACUCUGCAGACCUUUUGCUCUAUGGCGCACCAAUUGCUGCAAUCAACAGCAGCAGCACUGGCAGCCUUCGGGGUGUGGCAGGAGAGAUUACGUUGACGGUAGGCGGACAUAUCACAGUGUUUCUCAAGGAAGGGCCUCCACCUCGCCCAGAGGCGUACAGACAUAGCGUCACUGCUACUGCACUUUCUCACAGUUCUGCAGAAGUGCCAGCGGCAACAGCAGCAGACGACAGCGAGACUGACGAUGAGGCAGCAUCCGUGGCUAUUCUACCGGAGGGCAGCGGCGCUGUGCAGCGCUUUGUUUGUCUUCGCCCCAGCCGCUCUCCAGUUUCUGUUCAGAUUAAAAGCUCUUACGCUCCCAAGGACCCACAAGUCACUUCCCACCGCGAGGAGGUCACCUCCUUGUUGAUAUCUUGUGCCUAUCCGGAGCUCAUCGAGGUGCGGCCUUUGCCGUCUCUAUCUCGCGCUGCUGCGGUGCCCUACGGGUCGUAUGCAGAUAGGGCGAGUAAGGGCACAUUGAUGGAGGCCCUUGGGGGCCUGCCUGUGGCUUCUGCUACUUUGGCUGCUGCCAAAACAACAACCGUGUCGAGUAGCUGGGAUGCAGAGGGCGUCGACGGGCUUCAGGGGUCUGAGGAAGGGCUUUAUGUUCAGUGUGGAGCUGAACACGCCUUUGCUCUCUUUGCCUAUGACUCCGCCUUGAGGCCUUUGCACGGCCUUGCUAGUCUGCCCACGCGUUGGUCACUGACGCCGGCCACUCCACACCACGGACAGCACAACCAGCAGCCAAACCAGGCGAAUCUUCCAAUGCUGCAAGUGCUGCCUCGAGCAGCAGCAGCGGCAGCAACAGCAGGCAACGGCUACUCCGUGGCAUUGCUAACGGUGUUGCCGUCUCUUUGCUGCGGUGCUUUUGCUCUACAAGCCACAGUUGAACCCCCAAAAGGUGCUCCAGCCUUCUUAGAGGCCGCCCUCGGCAGGCAGCAGCUGCAGCUGCUACAGAGUUCGCUUGGGGAGUGGAGGGCAGCUGCAGCAGCAGAGCGGGAACAACAGCUGCUACCCCUCUGGGAAAAGGGAGAGCUGCGGGACCGGCUGCUGCUGUUUAUGUCUCCCCCGCUUAGGCUUCUGCCAUUCCCCGCGCCCCUCAUUGCCUCCGGAGCAGCACAAGCUCCAGGCCAACCAGCAGCACAAGGCAAUGAGCAGCAGCAGGAAAAUUUCCAGACGGUGCGGCUUCCGCUGCUUCCUGGGGUGGCGUCCCGUAUGGUGCUGCAGUUUGGCAGUCCAGACACAGAGGCAAUACGCAUGCUGCGCCUGCACAGCUCAGAAAAACCAACAACACCUGCUGCUGCUCUUGCACACGGAGAGCUGCUCACGUCUCCGCAUGCUCCUCUCCUGCUGUGUCUUUCGACGGCCGAGGCGUCGACGCGGUACGCGUUGGCGCAGGCGGGAGACUCUGCAGCAGCAGCAGCAGCAGCAGCAAGAAGAGCAGCGGGCGACUCGCAGAUAGCGACUGAUGCUGCAUGCGUUGGGCUGGCUGCAUCCCAGGAGGACGUGUCUGCUCUGCCGUUGCCUGUCCCCUUUUCCUUUUCUGCCAAUCCCUUUACGCGUAGUUGUCCCCUGAGCUCGCGAGAAAUAUUUGUUCCUCCUCCCUUCUUCGCAGCUUCUCGUGAAACGGACCCACUUUUGCAGCAGCAGCAGCAGCGGCUGCCGUUACUUCACCUCGAGGCGUGGGAUCAAAGGCUUCUCAGCCCCUGGAGACCAAGAAACCCCUCCAGCAGCAGCACUAUCAGCACGAGCAGCAGUAAUGGGCCUCAGCUAGUUGCGGAGCUGCAGUUUGUGCGCCUGCGCUCGCUGCGCCUGGUGCUGCUGCCGUCGGCCAUUUCGACAAACCUGGAAAGAGGGUGGCCUGUGACAGGAAGUGCUGCGUCAAGCGCAGAAACGUGGGCAAAAGAAGAGGGGGGUUCUUUCUGCCCUGCCUCGCAGCAGCAGCAGCAGCAGCAAACGUUGACAGAAAUUGAGGCUGGGAAGAUAUACGGGCUCAGAGUGGAGGCUACGGGCGACGACGAACUGCCAAUAGACCCCCGCUUCUUUGCAGCCAUGCGCCUCUCCGUCGUCGCCACAGCAGCAGACGAUGGCAGCAGCACAAGCAGCAGCAGCGGCAGCAGCAGAGUGGGCGGGAGGGGCAGGGUGUUCCUCAAGCCAGUAGCGUCACAAAAGCAGCCGCGUGCCAGCCCACAGCAGCAGGAGGAGCAGCAGCAAGCGGCCGACACAUAUGGCCUGUUUGGCCGCGGAGAGCCACUGGCGCCUUACUUAUCGGAGGAAGGGGAUAUCAGUUCCCCUCUAGCAGUAGCAUCAUAUGGCUCAGCUGCAGCGGCAGGAUCUGCUGAGGGAGCCGCAGACUUCGGAGCUCCUGAGGGCUGGAGUUCGUUGUCUGCUCUGCCAGCUGCGGACUCUGACUGCUUCCACUUCUUCCUUGCCGCCACAGAUAUUCGCGGAUCUUUCGUGCUGCAUGCAGAGGCUCUCUCGGAUUCCCCACAUGCAGCUGCAGCAGCAGCGAUAGUGUCAACGCGGCUGACGGUACGCAUUCAUCCGCCACUUGAGCUGAAUCCACCGGAGUUGGUGCUUCUACCGGGAGGCCAUUCGUUUGAGCUGACGCUGCAUGGAGGUCCGGAGGAGGCUCAUCUGGAAGCAGACCCUAGCAGCAGCAGCAGCGGCAGCAGAAGCACAAGCAGCAACGCGAGCAGCCAGGGAGGCCACAGAAAACGGUUCACAGUAGAAAACGAAGGCGUGGCACGGCUCUCCGGAACAUUUGCAGGUUUGCUGCUAACGGGGGAAGAGGGUGAGACGCGAGUUUCUGCUGUGCUGCAGCACGGGGAAGCAGGAAGGACAGUGGCAGAAGCAAGCAUGCGAGUCGUGGUGGCGCUUCCAAGCUCAGUGACAAUCCAGCACGGGGUGUAUGCACACCCGAAAAGCAGGAGGAGCGGCUCCCAGAGGCAAGUGAGGGAGAUGCAUCAAGCGGCGCUGCCUUCUCAGGCCGCGCGUAUGGGCUACGGCCGUGCCGCAGCAGCAGCAGCAGCAGCAGCAGGGGUUGAAGAUCAAGGCUCCAUUACAGUAUACGCAGAGCACGCGGCGCGACUGCAUGCAGCGUUAGCUGAUGACCAGGGCCGACCGUUCAGCCCGCCUCAUUUGCUGAUGCCUUCGGGGCCAUUGGAGGUCUUUCGACUUGCUGAGGGCGAAGAGGAAAAAAGGCAGAGAGAAUUCGGUGCACUCGCCUCACUGCCGCCCGCAGAGGCAGUCCACUGCGUAUACACCUGGGAGGUGCGUAGCGGCUCUGGGGUGCUUCUGCUGUCCCCUUUUGAUGCGCCUGAUGGAGCUCCCGCCCCCCAUUCAGCAGCAGCAGCAAGACUCCCGGCUGCACCAGGAGGGGCUCGAGAGGAGCUUGAGGGGGCACUAUCUUGGAGGGGCUUGAAGGGGCAAAGACGGCUGCAGUCCCGCGGCCUGUCUGAGGUCUAUUUACUGGGAGUCGGGGCAGGCGAGGCGCUGAUAGGCCUUGCAGUGACUUGCUCCAGGCGAGGUCGAGUUGUUGCGUCCGUCACUGCACCUGAGCUGCGAGUGCGCGUACUGCCGUCCCCUUUGCCGGCUCUGUUGGCCCCACGUGCGGCUGGGGGCUUCAGCGGAUUCAUCUCCUCGCUCUCGCCUUUCCUUGCUGCACCUGUCUUGGCUCCGCUGCUGGCGACUGACGCUGUCUACCUGCUGCCAAGUUGCAGCGUCCAGCAGCUGCAGCACGAACAGCCAGCACCAGCAGCAGCAGUUGCGGGAACGAAGGGCGAAGGUCCCGUGGCUACCACAGAGCAAGAGGCUCGCGAGGCCUGUUGCGCCGCUGCAGCGGCAAUGGCGGGCAACAGCAAGGAAACAGAAGCAGCAGCAGCAGCGACUGCAGCAGCAGCAGCAUGCUGCGAAGGCUUGGCUGCCGACUGCUGCGAGUGGUCGCCAAGAGCAGCUGCAGCAGCAGCAGCGGCAAAUUCUGCAGUGUUCAUUUUGUCGGGCUCCAAAGGCUUCAUAGCGUCUCCUUUGCGAGGACAACAGGGAAUCUUAAGGCUCUCCUCUGAGAGCAGUUCUGCGGGGAAUGACCAGUGGUCCACUAGCACCAGCGGCAUUAGCAGCCGCACUAACAGCAACAGCGCUUUGGUGGCUGUGGAGACGGCCGAAGUGCAGACACUGCAAGUAGCUGGCUUCCCCCAUCUCCUCCAAGCUGGAGAAACAGAAGACUUCACAGUGAUUUUGAGAGAUCAAAGAGGACGUAUCAUUGCCACCCCAUCUUCAAUCCUGCUCGAUGUUCUGUCGUCUCACCCCUCUGUGGUUUCGGCGUCUGUAGUGACGGGACCAGAUGGGCCCCUGGGGCCCCCUGCUGUGCGCGUAAAGGGGCUGCAGCGGGGCUGCGCUGCUGUGUGGGUAUAUUGGGCGGCGGCGGAAAGCGGCAGAGACGCGCAACAACGGGGGCGGCCGGGGGCUGCCUAUCGCACAUGUGUGGACAUCACUGACGGCCUGCUGGAACCGCCUCCGCUCGCCGUUUUGCCAGGUGCGUCUCUUCCUCUCCUGCAGGGCGCUCGCCUUCCGCCAGCUCUUCUGCCGCCCUCGGCGGCCCUGCACUUUCAAGUUGCGUUCAGGGCUCCGCCGCUACUUCACGCGCUGCGCGCCUGGCGAGGCCCCGCACGCGGCGACGCAGGAGGGGGGGCAGCAACGGCAGCAGCAGCAGCAGCAGCAGCAAGUGACGCCGCUGCAGAAGCAGCAGAGUGGGCGCCCACGUGCAUGUCUCAGGAGGCAGCUGCUGCGCUGUUGCGCCGAUUGCACACACCCUUAUCGACGGAGGUGAGGCGCCUUCUUGUGGAGGCCCUAAUGCCUGCUGACGAGAUGCCUCAAGACAACUCGCUGCCUCCGGUUGCUGUCGAGGUGCACAGCCUUAGACUGCACCAAAACCCUGCAGCAGCAGCAGCAGCAGAAAGUGACGUUGGGGCCACGAACUCGUUUUUCUUCUGCGCUACUGACGAAGCAGCUGCAGCAGAGGCGGGAGAGGGAGCCUUUGUUGUUGUAGCCGGCAUCAGAAUUCCUAACCUGCCCACUGCAGCAGCGGCAGCAGUGUCCAGGCAGCUGGCGGUCGGCAGAACAGUGCAGGCAGCAGCAGCAGCGCCCAUUUCUUUAGAAGUUGAAGCAGCAACACUGGAUUCACUUCCUUCUGCGUGGAGAGUGGAUGGCGUGCUGCUGCUGCUGCAGCAGCUGUGGAUGGGCCUGGCGCGGGACUGGCAAAAGGCCCAGCACGCAGCAUCUGUUCUCCUUGGCCCUCGAGUUUCAGGUGCAGGCAGCUGCUGCCCCUCUUGGAGCUUUCCCCUUGCUGCCUUCCUUUCAUGGGAGAAUGGCUUUGGAGGCUUGUCAAUCAGAAGCGGCAGCAGCAAGAGUUGCCGCAGGAUGGGAACCUUGAGAUCUUCAGACCCCUCUUCCCUGGUUAUUAUGGGGCUAGCAAAUUGCAUGUCGGGGAUUGGAGGCCCAGUUGCUGCGGUUGCCGCGAGACCUGCCCCAGUGGUGCAGCUGGUGCAGCAAGGGACGACGACUGCUGCAGCAGAGAUCAUCAACGUUUCAGCGACAGCAGCAGCUGCUGGCUUCGUCCGGCCAUUUAGACUUCUUGCCCAAGCUUCGUGUGAUGCUGGGGAGUCUGUUUGGCAGCAGCAGGAGAAGCAGCAGCAGCAGCAGUGGGUCGACGCCGAGAACUUGGAGCUGCCGCGCUGCCUUACAGGGAAUACAGGGGGUUCUUUAUUUCUCUUUUUCCGCAUGCAAGCCCUUACCGCUGUAGGAGGAAUCGCCACACGCCAUUAUCACGAACAGCAGAAGCGAGAAUGGCAGGACACCCCAUUUGUGUCUCCAGCAUUUCAUUCCCGGCUGUCUGUCCACUGUCGGCUAUCGGACCGCCUCCUGUCCCGUCUGUACACAGUAGAAGGUCUGUCGAGGCCCGUUAUUGAGAGGCCAUCAGGGGCUCCAGUUGGCUGGAGCCCCUCGGCGGAGCCUCUGUGCAUUGUGAGGGAGAGGCAGCGCUUAAGCGUCCAGGAAGUGCAGCGUGUGCUGCAGCAGAGAGAGGCUACGCGGUGGACGUACACUUCGGAAAAGAUGGCGAGGCUUGACUCAACUACCUUGCCAGCUGCCACUGCACAGUGCGAGGCACUGCACCAAGUUAGAAUUAAAAACCAGCAGCAAGAUGGUUCUGCAGAUCAGGUCGGGGCAGAAAUCAGGCCUGUGGCGCUGCUGGUUUCACUUAGCGGCCCGUCCUCGGCUCUAGCCCUACGGCAGGAGCAGCAGCGGCAACAGCAGCAUCAGCAGGAAGUGUUCUGGACCCACUGUGUGCGCUGGCCGAUCGCUAUUCCUCUUCGGCUAUUAGAGAACGAAGAUUACCCAGGGCAAUUUGUUACUACCGACCCGUCCGUAGACGCCACGAUUCGCAUAAAGCCGGCAGUGCAGAAACUGGCUUUCAAAGCUGUGGCCAGUAGCAGCGGCGGUCGUCUUGUGGCCAUUCCCUCGGUCAGCAGCAGCAGCAGCAGCAGCGGCGCCAGCAGCAAGUGGCCAUUGGAGCUGCACGUGUUCCCUGUUUUGGGCGUAAAUGUGCCGACGGUGCGGAUAUCUGACAACUCCUUUGCUCUCGAGAUGCACCGCCAGGGUCCCCUGCUUACACUGCGUCUCAGCCCAAGCCUUGAAGGCAGCGCAGCAGCUGCUGUUGCUGCAGGUGAUGCAGCAGACGCCAGCAGGCAGGCAAUUAUCUUGAAUUGGAGAGCCCCUGUGCGCACCGAAGUGGUAAUUGAAAACCCUUCUGGCGGGUCGAGGCUGCUAGUGGUGCUUAACAGCUCGGGUGUGCGGACAUCCCAGAGAGUAACAACUGGGCUGGACGAUGAUGGAGAAGAAGCAGCCCCAGGGUUUAGCGAGAUGGCAGCUCCUCCCUUGCUGGUGUUUUCUCUCGUUGCCUGCCUGGGGGCCAUUGGUUUCUGGCUUUUUUGUGGGUCUUCGGGGUCCUUCAACGCCCCCAAAGGUAAAAAGGACGGCAGUGGGAGCUCCCCGACCCUUAUUGGCAGCCCCAGACGAGAUGAAAAAGGACCUUACCGUACCCGCGCGGGAAAGGCAGCGUGGGCCAAGUACGACGGCCCUUCAGUUCAACUCAUGAAAUCGAUGGGAGAAGGGGCCCCAGCGUAUACAUUGCAGCCCAAUGGGGACUGGAAAGCAGAGGAACCGCUACUCGGGGGCCCCUGCAGUAUCUCGUCCACCAUGAAGAGCUCCACCCGUUUCUAUGACAAUUGA